GCUCAGCGUUUUAUUGCACGGGUUUUCCUUCCCUUAGCCCAUGAGCUCCAGAUUAGGCGCCAGAGAUUCGCCGAUUUUUUUUUUCAGGCGCCGGAAGCUCGCCAUAACCCUUCUCCGUUGGCUACGAGACGUACUUCGCAGCACGCCGCGCAUUACCAGGGACCACCACGAGGAGGUGGAGAUAGGAUUUGCCGGUUCGUCCACACAGGACUGCGGGCUCAGCGUUUUAUUGCACGGGUUUUCCUUCCCUUAGCCCAUGAGCUCCAGAUUAGGCGCCAGAGAUUCGCCGGUCACCCUUCUCCGUUGGCUCCGA